AUGGCAAGUGAUGGUCCAUCUCGAAGUAAAGAUGGUGUGCCUCAGUGGAACGGGGACCCGUCCUUGUUCCAGGCUUAUGAGGAAGAAAGCCUACUCUGGGUCGAGACCCAGGCGUACCACAAGCGACACAUGUGCGUGCCAAAGUUGAAAGCAGAGCUCUCAGGCGCAGCCAAACGGCUGGUUCUGGGACAAGACCCCGGAUGGGGCGUUCACGCAGACGGCGUGAAGGCUCUUAUGAACUUCCUUCGUCAGAAGCUGGGACGACCACAGCUUCCGGAGCUAUCAGAGCUUCUCAUGAAGUACUUCCGGGGCACAAAGCGGAAACCCCAUGAGACGGUGAACGACUACGUGACCAGGAAGUGUGAAGCCUAUGUUCGUGCACAACAAGCCAUGGUGAGAGUCUCCAAGGACCAGAAAGUGAACCGCGGCGGUCGGGGGAUCCCGGCACAGCUGCCGCAGAGCUCCUGGACCUAUGGAGGUGGACGCCGUGGCAGCUGGGACUCUCAGGCUUCCAUGGGGACCGAGGAAGUACCGAGUACCACCACUCCGGGCGAUGCCGACGCCGAGGAGGACAGCCAGGCGGCAGCCCCGACCUCGGCCACCACAGGCCAAGGGCAAGACGGAGACCAUCGGUGGAACAGUGCGUGGCAUGAGAAUGCCUGGUAUGGUGCCUCUUGGUCCAGCUAUGGCUACAACUCGUGGAACUACAGUGACUGGGGUCAGCCGUGGCAGGCAGGGACGGCGUGGGCCUCCUCGCCGGCUACGGAAACUCAGGAGCUUGUGAUGCCUGAGUUGGUGCCAACCUUCCUUCAGGGAUGGUUUCUCCUCCAAGACUCUGGCCUCAAUAUCCAAGAGAGGAACUUGGUGCAGACGGCUCUUCGUGGCAACUAUGAGCUACAGAAUGUGGCGGCAGAGCUCCGGUCACAGUGGCCAGACUCUGAGCUGCAGCGCCGGGACAAGCAGAACCGCCAGAGCGGGUACAUGGGCGAGUUGCACGAGGACGACGAGGAGCAGGCCUAUGAGGCAGAGUACACCAAGGAGGACUUGGAGGACGAGGGCAUGACCGAAGAGGGCCUCGUCAUCAUGGAGGAGGCAGAAUCAGAAGCGCAAGAAGCCAUGGCAGCGAUUGAGAAGAAUCGCCGGACACUCAAGGAUGCGAGGGCCCGUCAAUCCGAGGUCCGUCUAUCGCGUCGCUACUACGCCACGGGCGCAGGAGCAAAUGCUGGGCGCCGGUAUGGUGGCGGCAAGGGCCGCGGAUUCGGACCGAACCCCCGCAACACCGGGGCACCCCGCAAUGAUGCCGAGAUCACCUGCUUCCGAUGUGGAAAGAAGGGCCAUCGUACAUCUACAUGUCCUGAGAAACAGGAAGAAGCGCGGCAAACCGAUGAAGCCGCUCCCUUCGUUUGCCUGGCCAGCCAAACAAUGGAGGAUCAUGAGUUGGCAUUGAGCACGGGUCUGAGCACUUCGGAAGCAGUGCAAGCAGGGAAGGCCGUAGUCGACGGCGGAGCCACUCGCACCAUCGCGAGCGUGGAGGCGCUGGAAGCUUUGGGGCGCCAAAACCAACGGAACUUCGGCGAGGACGGCAUCCUCUCGAUCGACAAGUCCGACCGCCCUACGUUCAGCUUUGGCAAUUCCAGUAUGGACACAUGUAUCAGCACAACUGAGGUACGCUUGAGAGCCCAGGGCCAGCCCGGAAAACUCCGGGUGCAUACGCUAGACAAAGGAUCGGGUCCAGUGCUACUUUCGGUGCACUCACUUCGCGCCUUAGGCGCCCUCAUAGAUUUUGAACACGAUCUUGCUAUCUUUCGACGUCUGGACCCCAAUCGGGCGAUCCGUUUGGAGAGGUCUGCGACGGGCCAUCAAUUGUUGUCCCUUACCGAAGAUCUGUACGAGCGUUCUUAUCCUUUGAAGAAGACGAUCGAAAGCUUGCAGGACGUGAUCCUACCGGAUGAGUAG